CAAUAAUUCACAAUCCACUUCCAGCAAUGGACCAGACACAUUCUCUGAGUGGCCAGGAUGGCGCACCAGAUCAUGGUGGAUAUGAUAUUUCUGCAGUUAUUCCACCAGGAGAUUUUGGACCACCACAAGCAGAAGCCCCACCCAGAGCUCCAGAGACACACUUUAACAUUCCUGCGAUCAGUGAAGAACUUGCACAGGAGGCCUUCACCAAUUAUGUGUCCAGCAAAUGCUGUUACAGCUCUAAACCAGUCAAAGAGAUGGUGUUCACAGACCUGCAGUCCCUCAACACAUAUCGGUACCGACUGGAGACUUUUACAGAGUCUAGAAGAACAGAAAAUGACAGUGAACCGUACUAUGGUCAGCAGGUGGAUAGAUCUGGCAUUCCUCCUGAACCGUGGAGCAUCCCAGUGUGCGUGCCGUCUUUCUUCCAAGACAGUGAGAUAUCCAUCCCCGUUCCUAACACAUCGAGUAUCAAAGAUUGUCUGUCAUGCUAUACUCUUGGUAGAACUAUGUGUCUAAGUUGUGGACGUUCAGGCAGGAUCAUAUGUGGAUUUUGCGGUGGCAUGGGUUGGACUAACUAUGGUCAACGCCAGUUUUGUGGUGUGUGUGGGGGCACUGGCAGGCAAAGUUGCCUUGCUUGUGGAGGAAUGGGGACGGUCCGAUGUGUAAAGUGCAACAGUCACGGAAAGCUUCACUGCUUCAUAAGUCUUAAAGUUACUUGGAAAAACAACAUUCACAUGUCUGUCAUUGACAAGGGUUCAGGAUUCCCUCUUGAGCUUCUCAAUCAAAUCACUGGAGAGCAACUGUUUACUGAUAUGGCUCCAAUGGUUUAUCCUGUUGUGAGUUUUCCGGACAGCUCUGUGAAUGCAGCUUCUGAAAGUGCUGUGAGGGAACAUCAGGCUCAGUUCUCCAACAUUUGUCGUAUUCUCCAACAGAGGCAGACCAUUGAGCUGAUUCCAAUCACGCAAGCAGAUUAUGUAUGGAAGGGGAAAACACACACUUUUUUUGUUUAUGGAAUCGAACACAAAGUUUUAACCAAGGAUUACCCUGCCACAUGCUGCUGCUGCUCCAUCCUUUAAACAUGCAGUGUACCGUCAUCAGUAAAAUAAGAUACUUUACAAUGUAAUCAAAUUUAAUCAGUCAAAGAUAAACUUAAUUCAAAUUACAUAUUUUUUUUAUUAUUAUAUAUUGUUAUUAUGUAUAUAUUGAAUGACCUGAGAGAAAAUUUUGUUGUUUGUGAGUUAUCUGUAAUUAAUUCAGUUGAUAUUUUCUUUCUUUAAAAAGCUGGUUUAUAAACCUCUGAAAUUGCUACCAAUGACCUGGCUGAACUGAAUCCUGGUUUAAUAAGUAAAUUGUCCUCUCCAUUUAUUCGAAGUUUCUUUAAAUUUGAAAACCUAAAAAUCUCCAAGUGUUCAGAAUAAUGAUAAAUAUGAGUAAAUAGAUCAUGAGAAUUUUCUUUUACUGUUAAAGGAACACUCUUCAGCCCCCCUAGGGUUAAAUGAUUGAGUUUUACCAUUUUUGAAUCAAUUCAGCCGAUCUCCACGUCUGGCGCGAGCACUUUUAGCUUAGCUUAGCAUACAUAGAUAAGACCAUUAGCAUCUUAGCAUUAGAGUUUUGAUCAGUUUCCUAUUUAAAGCUUGACUCUUUUGUAGUUACAUUGUGUACUAAGAUGUAAAAUAACUAUUUUAUUAGACUAAUAUGGUUAUGAACUAUACUCUCGUUUCUGGCGUAAUAAUCAAGGAAAUUUGCUGGUAUAUAACGGCCAUAGAUAUUUACAUUAGAUGUCGUCUAAGCUAUUGUUUCUAUUAGAAAGAAUGCGUCAAUAGAGGCACCAUUUUAGUACAGGGUAGUGCUCCUUUAAAAUGAAUGAUGGAUGAAGGUGCAGUGGAGGACUGGCCAUCCAGAGCCCAAGAUAUAUACACAUAUAUACAUAUAUUGAAAAUUGGCAGGUUUUCCCGGUGGUCAGUAUGUAAAUAUUUAUUUUUAAAUUACGAAAAUGAUAAUUUUACAUCACUUUUCUAUAUUAAUGGAUAAGUGACCGCACAGGCAUUGCUGAC